CCAGUCUAGUUUCUGAACCACGAGAUGUUCCACCCGCGAGCUCCCCAAGCCCUCGCUCUCGUCCCAGUGGUGGUGACUCUGCUGGUGGCCGAGACCCACAGCCACCCUACACAACAUGUAGCUCAGCAAAUCAUCAAAAACGAUUUCGGAGCGGCGCAAUUAGGUUUAUCUAUAGUUAUAAACCAAAUGGCUUUGCUGAGAAUACUCAACGAGUCUUCUAUUCUCAGUACAACACCCACAAGCCGCAAGACCUACAGGGUGUACGAACACUUAGCUACGCAAUCACAGGCCGUUCAGGCUUGCCAACAGCUGGGUGGUCGCCUUGCUCUUCCCACGAAUGAAGCAGAAGAGAAGGAAGUGACUAAGCUCAUCGGUAUCACCUUUGACACGACCAUAUUUAGUGUGUACUGGAUCAGUGUAUCAGAUGAGCAAGCGGAAGGAAACAUGAUUGAUAUUGUGACGGGUCAACAUUUGAGCUACACCAACUUUGAACCUGGUCAGCCCGAUGAUGCUGGUGGUGGAGAAGACUGCGUGCACAAAUCUGCUAACUUUCGUGGGUGGAAUGACCACCAAUGCACACACAAGGGAGAUGGUUACGUGUGUGAGUUUAUGGACGUGUAAGAUCAACAAAAUAAAGUUAAUUUGAAUGUC